AUGCCCAUCAUUACCCCAAGCACCAACGGAAUCAUGCCUGAAGUAAAGAAAGCAGGAAGAAAAGGAUCAAAAGCUGAUAUAAAACCUGCAGAAAAGGCACCGCCAUAUGACCCUGACAUCCCAGAACCCAAUUCUAGAGAUGAGCUGAUGAAAUUUUGGAUGAACGUCUCUCUGGAUGACAGAACUGCUCAGAAAACGUUGUGGCUCUCUGAAGGUGGAGCCAAGGUGUCACGUAUGUCUGAGGAAGUGUGUCCUGUUUUAGACAGACCUGAGAGAUAUGAACAUUCACCACAGGUGCUGUGUAAGGAGGGUGUUUUGGGCAACCGUGGGUAUUGGGAGGUGGACUGUGAGGGCUGGGUGGUGCUUGGAGCAGUAUGUGAAAGCACAGGACGAAAAAAUAAGGAUGGUCCGUGUGGCAUAGGAGAGAAUGAGCUCUCAUGGGGUAUGGGCUGGGCUGGCUCCUGCUACCAUGUGUGGCACGAUGGGAAAAACAUGGAAGUCCAAGCUCCCCUCUGUCCCACCAUUGGCAUCUAUGCAGACCAGCCAGCUGGAAUCAUCAAGUUUUACCUUGUGGAGGAUGGUGAGAACGGCUCCAAGCAGGUCAGACUGAUCCAUCGGUUUCAAACAGUAAUCAAUGAGAAGCUCUACCCCGGUUUCUGGGUGGCCAGGCAGUCCUACUGUUGGAUUCGGAAGAAGGAUCAGUAG